AUGUUCAGUGUCAGAAGAUUUAGUACGUCAAGUACUCAUUUCAAAAGAAUCUUACCAGCAUUCACCACAGGUAAUAAAUCAAAUAGAUCAAAUACAACUGAAACUUUUAAUAAAAAUUUCCCAAUUCAUAAGAAAGUUAAAGCAUGGGAAAAAACUGGUGAAGAUAAAGAAACUUAUUUCAAGAGAAAACAUGCACAUCAUCAUGCUCAAGAAAAAGAGAGGAAUCCUAAUGGUAGAAAUGGGAAAAAUAGUUCAAGAGUAAAGGAUUCAUAUAAAGAUGAUAAGAAGAGUAAUGAUAAAUUUGACUCUUAUAAGAAACCAUUUGAUAAAAAAGAUGGUAAAUCUUUUGAGAAACCAAGAUAUGAUAGAAAGGAUGAUAAAAGAUCAUUUGAGAAACCAAGAUAUGAAUCAAGAGACAAAUCAUAUGAAAAACCAAGAUUUGAUAGAAGAGAUGAUAGAAAAUCAUAUGAUAGACCAUCAAAAUUUGAAUCAAGAGAUGAUAAGAGAUCAUUUGAUAAACCAAGAUAUGACAGAAGAUCUGAAUCAAAAUAUGACACCAGAGAUGAUGGAUAUGAAUCAAAAUCAUAUUCAAGAAACCCUUAUAGUGGUUUAAAAACCUCACCAUUAUCAGAUUUUCUUUAUGGAUCAUCAGCAGUCUAUGCAGCAUUAAAAUCUAAUAAAAGAGAAUUUUUCACAAAAUUAUUAUAUUAUAAUUAUAAAAUUGAAGAUCAAAAAAUUCUUGAUUUAGCAUCAAAAUUAAAAAUUCCAAUCAAAGAAUCAAAAGAUAAAAAUGAAUUAAAUAUUUUAACAAAUAAUUCAGUUCAUAAUGGUAUUGUAUUAGAAACUAAACCUCUUAUACCUGAUACUAUUUUAGAAUUAGGGAAAUUUAAUACAGUAGAUGGAACAUAUUCAGUUGGUCAUGAUGAUUUAGGUGAUUUAGUUUCCAAGUAUCAUACAUCAUCAAAUCCAUUCCCAUUAGGUGUUUAUCUUGAUGAAGUUAGUGAUCCUCAUAAUGUUGGUGCAAUUAUAAGAUCUGCAUAUUUCCUUGGUGUUGAUUUUAUUAUAGUUUCUUCAAAAAACAGUUCUGGUAUAACUCCAGCUGUGGUUAAAACUUCAUCUGGUGCUUCAGAAUUUAUACCAAUUUAUAAAGUUGAUUCACCUUUAAAAUUUUUAAAUAAUUCUUCCGAAAAAGGUUGGAAAAUUAUAAGUUCAGGUCAAGCAUCACAUCCAAAAGAUUCUAAGAUAAAUAAAACUUUAGAACAAAAAGCAUUACAUUUUAAUGAUUUAGAUCAAUUAUUAAUUAAAUCACCAACUUUAUUAGUUGUUGGUUCUGAAGGGGAUGGUAUUAGAACUACAAUUAAAUUAAGAAGUGAUUAUAUUGUGGAAAUUGAAAAAGGUAAUAAUGUUGAUCCUACAAUUGAUUCUUUAAAUGUUAGUGUUGCUUCUGCCUUGAUGAUUAAACAAUUGAUGAGUUAUUAA